AUGUCAAAGAAGUACACAACAAGUGCCCAUGUCAAAGGAGUACACAACAAGUACCCAUGUCAAAGAAGUACACAACAAGUACCCAUGUCAAAGAAGUACACAACAAGUACCCAUGUCAAAGAAGUACACAACAAGUGCCCAUGUCAAAGGAGUACACAACAAGUACCCAUGUCAAAGAAGUACACAACAAGUACCCAUGUCAAAGAAGUACACAACAAGUACCCAUGUCAAAGAAGUACACAACAAGUGCCCAUGUCAAAGAAGUACACAACAAGUGCCCAUGUCAAAGAAGUACACAACAAGUACCCAUGUCAAAGAAGUACACAACAAGUGCCCAUGUCAAAGGAGUACACAACAAGUGCCCAUGUCAAAGAAGUACACAACAAGUGCCCAUGUCAAAGAAGUACACAACAAGUGCCCAUGUCAAAGGAGUACACAACAAGUACCCAUGUCAAAGAAGUACACAACAAGUACCCAUGUCAAAGAAGUACACAACAAGUACCCAUGUCAAAGAAGUACACAACAAGUGCCCAUGUCAAAGGAGUACACAACAAGUACCCAUGUCAAAGGAGUACACAACAAGUACCCUCUUUCAGUCCUUGCGAUCUAUAG